AAAAAAAAAAAAAAAAAAAAAAAAAAAUUACAGAGAGGAAGAGAGGAGAGACAGAUCAAAAAGAGGAAAUUGACCUCAAUUUCUCUGUAAUUUCUUCUUUGUUUCUUCUCUCUCUCAAUUUAUCCGAUUUUCAGGUCUCGUACGGUCGCCAUGAACGAGAAGGCCAACGUAUCCAAAGAGCUUAAUGCUAAGCACAGAAAGAUCUUGGAAGGUCUCCUUAAAUUGCCUGAGAAUAGAGAAUGUGCUGACUGCAAAUCCAAAGGUCCAAGAUGGGCAAGUGUUAAUCUAGGGAUCUUUAUUUGCAUGCAAUGUUCAGGGAUCCACAGAAGUCUUGGCGUGCACAUAUCAAAGGUUCGAUCUGCAACCCUUGACACAUGGCUUCCUGAGCAGGUUGCAUUUAUUCAAUCAAUGGGAAAUGAGAAGGCAAAUAGUUACUGGGAGGCGGAAUUACCCCCUAACUAUGAUAGAGUUGGCAUAGAGAAUUUCAUUCGUGCAAAGUAUGAGGAGAAGAGAUGGGUCGCCAAAGAUGGACACCCAAAAUCCCCUCCUAGAGGGCGUGAUGAAAGUUCUGCUGUGAAUUGGCAGAGACCCAAUGAAAGGAGUGGGCAUCAGCGUGCCAGCAGUUCAGAAAAUAGUUUUGAUGAAAGAAAGAAUGCUCAACCUUCAAGUUCGAAAGACAGUAUUCCUGCUGCAAGAAUUAGCAUUCCCGUUCCUCCCAAGGGACCUGAGCAGGUUGCACCUCCUGCAAAACCCCAACAGGGUAUUCAGGAAGCUGAACCUAAGGUGGAGUCGACCGACACAACAAAGAAUGCUGCCACUACUGCUCCAGCCAUUUCUGUAUCUAAAGUUGAUUAUGCUACUGACCUCUUCAACAUGCUAUCCAUGGAUGGAAGAAAAGAAAAUGGCUCAGAUGCAGCUUCCAAUGAUGAUAAUGGGUGGGCAGGUUUUCAAUCUGCAGCUGCAGCUGCUGAAGAAGAAUCAACAACUGAGAAAACUGGUCCGAUUAAAGCAGUUCAGAGUAAUGCUAACUCCAGUUCUGGAAUUGAGGAUUUAUUUAAAGAUUCUAUUCCCUUAACUACUGCGUCAGUGUCAGAGAAACCCGAAAAAGAUGUAAAAAAUGACAUUAUGAGCCUUUUUGAGAAGUCCAAUAUGGUGUCCCCAUUUGCAAUGCAUCAACAGCAACUUGCUAUGUUGGCUCAGCAACAAACUCUUCUUAUGGCUGCUGCAGCAAAAUCAGGUGGUGUGGACCCAAAGUUUCCUGGCAGUAUUCAACAGCCUGGAUCCAAUGGUAUUAACUUGCCUGCUCAAAAUUGGCAGAAUGUUGGAUUCCAAUUUCCUGGAUUAGUGAUGCCAGUAGCUGGGCAGAGUGAUCCUCGGAAACUUGUGCAGACUGGCAACACAGGAUUCACAAACCAAGCCGGAGGCUCUAUACCAUAUCCAACAUCAAGCUUUUAUACCAUGGGACAGGCUACCUCGGUAAACGGCGUGACUACUGCAGGAGUAAGUAAACCUCAAUCAGCAGCUCCAGUUUCAUCAGGGAAUUCAUCACAAACUGGAAAGGAUUAUGAUUUUUCCUCGUUAACACAAGGCAUGUUCUCCAAGCAUUAACUUCCUGCGAGAGUGACAACAUUGUUGGCCUUUUUCAUACCAAUCCCGAAGCAGUUUGUAUUACAAGAAAAUAGCACCUGAAAAGGUUUUUCCUCCUGUAUUGGUGAUUGUAAACUAUUUUGUAGAGAGUUUCACUUUUUGUUUUUCCUCUUUUAAUAUUUGGUUGAUGGCUCAUUUGUAUGAGUAGAUGUAUCCAUUGCAAUAAAUAUGGGUUUUAGAUUGAUCUCAUAUUUUUCUUCUU